UAUUCGCUGUGGAUGCUGGGAGAUCAAUAUCCAUGGAAGACAUUUUGGAUUUAAAAUAAGCUCCGUUGGCAACACAUUUAUCAUUGCGGUCGCCCUGAUAUUUAUUUAGAAUGUACCGUCAAAGAGUUUGUUUGUCAGUUGUGCGCAAUGAAAUGGCGUCGUUCUUGUAAAAAAAAAAAAAAAACAUUUUUCCCGAAACAUCGCGGUGCUCAUCUGCGAGUUCUGUUGGGAUAGUUUUCUUGCUGUUGCAUGUACAUCGAGAAGGCUCCUAUAGUUCCUGGCUGUCCUACGAGGAAUUUACCAAUUAAGUGUAUUAGGUCCUAGGUCCACCAGGCAAUGUCAAUCAUGGUGUACCCCAGGGAAGACCGUCUGGAGAAGCUGUCCCAGGAGGAGAUCAUCUCCAGCACCAAGCUGGUGAUCCAGGGCCUGGAGGCGCUGAAGAGCGAGCACAACUCCAUCUUGCACAGCCUGCUGGAGACCAUUCGCUGCCUGAAGAAGGACGAGGAGGCCAACCUGGUGCACGAGAAGUCCAGCCUGCUGCGCAAGUCAGUGGAAAUGAUCGAGCUGGGGCUGGGCGAGGCGCAGGUGAUGAUGGCCCUGUCUGCCCACCUGAACGCUGUGGAGUCGGAGAAGCAGAAGCUGCGUGCCCAGGUACGUCGACUGUGCCAAGAGAACCAGUGGCUGCGGGAUGAGCUGGCGGGCACCCAGCAAAAGCUGCAGAAGAGCGAGCAGAGUGUGGCCCAGCUGGAAGAGGAGAAGAAGCACCUGGAGUUCAUGAAUCAGCUGAAGAAGUACGACGAGGAUGUGUCCCCUACUGAGGAGAAAGAUGGAGAGCCUCCUAAAGAUACACUGGACGACCUCUUCCCCAAUGAUGAGGAGGAAAACAGUCAAGGAAUGCCGCACCAGCAUAACAGCGCAGCGGUGGCUGCGGCCCAGCAGGGUGGCUAUGAGAUCCCGGCACGCCUGAGGACCCUCCACAACCUGGUUAUCCAGUACGCCUCCCAAGGCCGCUACGAGGUGGCCGUGCCCCUCUGCAAACAGGCCCUGGAGGACCUGGAGAAGACAUCCGGACACGACCACCCUGACGUGGCCACCAUGCUCAACAUCCUGGCCCUGGUCUACAGGGACCAGAACAAAUACAAGGAGGCGGCUCACCUGCUCAACGACGCACUGUCCAUCCGGGAGAAAACCCUUGGGAAAGACCACCCUGCGGUGGCUGCGACACUGAACAAUCUGGCAGUGCUGUAUGGAAAGAGGGGAAAGUACAAGGAAGCUGAGCCCCUUUGCAAGAGGGCUCUGGAGAUCAGAGAGAAGGUGCUGGGCAAGGACCAUCCUGAUGUGGCCAAGCAGCUGAACAACCUGGCCCUGCUGUGCCAGAAUCAGGGCAAGUACGAGGAGGUGGAGUACUACUACUGCCGCGCCCUGGAGAUCUACGAACGCAGGCUGGGCCCUGACGACCCCAACGUGGCCAAGACCAAGAACAACCUGGCUUCGUGUUACUUGAAGCAGGGGAAGUACAAGGAGGCGGAAAUCCUUUACAAAGAGAUCCUCACCCAAGCUCACGAGAAGGAAUUUGGAUCCGUGGAUGCUGAGAACAAACCCAUCUGGAUGCAUGCCGAGGAGCGGGAGGAGUGCAAGAGCAAAGACGGCUAUGGAGAUUAUGGCGGCUGGUAUAAAAACUGCAAGGUGAACAGCCCCACUGUCAACACCACGCUACGUAAUCUGGGAGCUCUGUACCGCCGGCAAGGCAAGAUGGAGGCCGCUGAGACCCUGGAGGAGUGUGCCUUGAGGUCCCGAAAACAGGGUGGGGUGGAGCUGCAGAGAGACGGAGACAGGAGGAGGAGCAGGGAGAGUCUGAGCAGCGUAAAAUAUGAGAGCCCCUCUGAAGCAGGGGAGGACGGCAGCGUGGACUGGAACGGGGAUGGCAGUUGGGUUUUGAGGAGAGCAGGAUCGAUGGGGAGGCUCCGGGACGUCAUACGGCGAAGCAGCGAGAUGCUGGUGAAGAAACUACAGGGGAACGGUCCCCCCGACCCACGCAACCCCCAUAUGAAACGAGCUGCCUCUCUGAACUAUUUGAACAAGAGAAGUGAUGACGAUGACUCCUUUCAGAGUCCAGCAGGUGGCCAGAGGCUAAGGCAGAGCAGGAACCUGAGUUCCAGUACUGUUGAGCUCUACAGUGGAACUGGAAACUGAACACACACACUCCCAACAGUUUUACCAAAUAUUAUGUUUAAUUCUAAACCUAAAUUCUGUCGUUUCCAUUCCUACAUUUAAACACAGUUUAAUGUUAUUGCUGCUUUCUAGACAUUGUAUUAAUUUUGUAGACUUUCUGUAGAAUACAAAAAAUAUAUUGUAAAAAUGUGCUUGGUUUUAAUGUCAUUGAUAUAUUGUGAGAUUAGACAGCGAGAAUCCUUACUGCUUGGCUUAGUUUGAUACAAAUCCCCUUAAGGUGCUCUGUGCAAUCAGACACUCAGGGCAGUAUAUUGUGAACAAUAGUGUUUCCCAUGGAGACCAAGCCUGGAUCUAUUAUUCACUAUACCCGCAGCUUCCGAAAGCCUGGUGGGUCAGUACUGUUCCCAAAUCAGAGAGGAUUAUUCUUUUCAAGAGCUGUCCAAUUUAGCUAUUACGCUUCUUUUUGCAGUGUUUUCUCCUGCUUUCCAUAGCCAUGAAGAUACUCGGUACUGUAGUUAAAUAGUAAUUAAGUCAUGAAGAUAGUAUUCAUGAAUUUAGAAUCAAAUAUAUCUGAGAUUUAAAGGGGUACUUCACCUAAUAAAAACGUACACAAAGAAAAUAGUUGAUGGAACCAGAUAUUUCUUGUUUAUAUAAGGGGUUCCCGAGUGGCGCAGCGGUCUAAGGCGCUGCAUCUCCGUGCUAGAUGUGUCACUACA